UGCUGCAGUGGUAAUUAUUCCUGCUGCAAUACGAUAGGCAGACGAGCACGCGCAAAUCAAUAUGUAUGCAACUAAUAAAUAAAUACAUAAUUAGAAAGUUGUUAAUUUGAUAGAGUAGUGAAGGAAAGUGAACAGAUUUUCUAAUGAAUGAUAUUUUUUCUAAUGUAUCAUAUUUUGAAAUAUGGAAAUAUAUAUUCUCUAAUCAUUUAGAUGGCUUUUCCAGUGAAGCAAUUUAUUUUUGGCGACUUCUUGUGCAAAUUACUGAUCGCAAGUGUCUAUAGGCACUUGUUUUUACCAAGCACUGACGGAAUUUCAUGAGGAAAAAAAUCUGAUAAGUUAUUAUUCUAAAAUUCUGAGAGAAAAAAAAGUUGUUGUAAAAUGUUGGAAUCUUUUAUUUAUUGCAAUAACAGCUAGGAUUAUAUUAUUGGAUAUGAUAUGUAAGCACAAGUUAUAAGGUAAAUAGAAAUUGUUUUAGUGUUUAUCAAAAGGAAAUAAAAAUGACAGAAUCGAGUGAAGAAGAAAACAUGUUGUCAAAAACUGAGAGAUCGCCACGAAAAAGAAAAAAGAGAAAAAAUAGGAAAAAGACUGUCGAAAAUAAUUUACAAAACACAGCAAAUUCCAAAGAGCCAAUAACAACUGCAACAUUGCCAGAUAACGAUGGCAAGAAAAAAUCUGACAAAAGACAAAGUGGCAGACGAUCUUUGAAACAUUUAUUUAAAAAACAGUCAGAUUCCAAUUUUCAAAAACUUUCAAACGAUGAUCUACGUGUCAGUACAGAAGACAUCUUUUAUGAAACUGGAAAAUUGGAUUUAUCAGAAAAAAUGCCACAUCAUACUCAAUUUGAUCCUAUAUUGCAACCGCGGACUCGACUUGGGUGCAUGACUUUAAAAGAUGCAAUGAAAGAGAAACAUUCCAGAAGAGAGCAAUCUCCAUCCAAACUACGCCUUUUAAGCAGUGGUUCAAGCGAAACGUCCUUGCCUGAUAUUAUUGUUCAUGAUUCAGACCAGCCAGCAGAUUACCACAGAAAGAAAUCAAGGUCAAAAAGUGCUGAAAUUCCAAAACGAACUCAUUUGCCCCGCCAUGUUUCACAAUCAACUGAAACCACUAAUGAUUCUGCGAUACCUUAUCGCGGAGAACAAUUGAGUAAUACUUCAGAUAAAAAAACAAAACAUUUACCAAGGCAGCAAGAACGGGGAAGAAAAUUGGACAAAACCCAUCAACACCGGCGUUCCCAUUCAAAAGAAUUCAUCGAUUCUGAAAAUCAAAGAGAAUCUUUUUCUGCAUUUAUUAACCUACGACAAUCAUCGCCGGCAUCUCGGUCAUCUAGUUUACAAAGACUACAAAGUCCAUCUAGUUUGAACAUCAGUACAAAAGACAGUUGUCAUCAAAAUAAGUUACAAAGUACAUUAAAUACGAGCGAGGAUGUAACCGAUCAAAAGGAUUAUAACUAUAAUAAAAAUGACAAUAUAUCAACAAUGACAAAAUCUAAUCUACCGAAUACAAAACAAACUGCAUUGGGUUUAAAUAAAACAGUGUCACAGAUGGCGAAACGAGGUUCAAUCAAUAAAACUGAUAAUUCGACAACAGAAAACACAUUUAAAAACAUUAAAGAGGAAAAACGUUUCGACAGACGAAGUUACAAAUCACCGCGGCGAUUUUCUGGUCGGAGUGCUUCUAGAGAACGAAAAAAAUCAGGAAAAGUGUCUGAAAACACGGAAAAAAUUGAAAAUUUAAAAAACGAAAAAAUAUCUGUGCAAAAUAAAAAUGACAAGGAUUUCAACCCUGAAGAUGCAACUAAGGAUAUACAAACGGAAACGGAUAUACCUGUCAAUACGGUUAUGUCAAGGAGUAUACAAACGUCUUUGAAUUUACUCGACAUUCAAAGUGACGGUAAAAACACCGGAAGUAAAACUGAGAACGAUCUCAAUGCUCCAGUCGUCCCAGUUAUUAUUGAGCCUAUUCAAAUCAAAAUAAAAAAUGAUUCUGAUACUGAAUCAAUUAUACAAAGUGAAAAGUGUAUAGAUGAAAAAUCCUCACAGAAUUCAUCCGAAAGCGAGGAAUUCAAAACACCAAAGCAAUCACCAUUGCCAGACAGAAAGAAUAUAGAUGAAACGCCAUCUUCAUCAUCUAAAGCACAUGGUAAAACCGAGAAGAAAAAAUCACAUGAACCGGAAAAGAAAUCAAAACUUUCUUUUUUAGCAAUUGUAGCAUUGAAAAGAAAAAUUGCUAAUCACAGAAAAAAGAAAAAAGACAAAAUGUCUGGUGAUGAAGCGGAGAAAAAACAAAAUGUAAAAGAGUCCGUUGCAGUUACGUCGCAAGAUAUUAUGCCAGAAGUUUCAGACAAACCAAACGAAUCUGACCUUGAAAGAGAAAAAUAUCUUUCUUCGUUUUAUUUUGAAAAUGAAACUAUUUUCAAUGUAGGUUCUCUUUCCUACUUACCAGAAACUGAUAUCUUAGAUGUAGACGAAAUCAAAAGGGAAAUUCCCAAUUCCGACAAAAAAUUAUCUUUUGAUAUCAUAGAACCAGAUGUGUCCUCUGACAAACCUAUGCCAGAUUCGUAUGUUCACAAGCAUGGGCAACUUGCAAAGCGAAGACAAAGUGAAGUUUUUCGUGAAAAACGUAAAAAAGCAUUACACUAUUGUAAAGUAUUUGUGGCUUUUCUCUUUUCUCACAUAGGUCUGUGUUCUUUAAUGGUGGCAUAUGCUAUAUUAGGUGGAACUAUAUUCAAAUUAUUAGAAGGUCCAUUCGAAAUGCAAACAAAAGUUAAAGUGAUGAACGAAAGGGUUCAGACUAAAACCCAAAUUUUAAAGCUAGCUUCUAAAUUGAUUAUUAAUAAUAAAACUAGCAACAAUGAAACUGCAAUUCUAAUGGAUAAAUUAUACAAUGACACUGCAGAUGAAAUAGAUAAAUUAUUAACAAAAUUCCAAACGGAAGUAUACAUAGCUACGAAAGUAAAUGGAUUUAGUAAUGCAGGGGAAGAUAACCUAGAAACGGAGGAGCAAUGGUCCUUUGCUAGUUCACUAUUAUUUGCUAUCACCGUCAUGACGACCAUUGGAUAUGGUCAUGUAGCUCCGAAGACAGACAUGGGUAGAAUUGUGACAAUAGGAUAUGCUGUAUUUGGAAUACCUCUGACGUUAUUGUGUCUCACUAAUAUUGGAGAUUUAAUGGCUACUGGUUUCCGAAUGUUGUAUGCUAAAGUCUGUUGUGGUGUUUGUUGUUUACUUUUUACCCCAAGUAGAAGAAAAAUGCAAGAUCCGGAAAAAGCGUUAGAAAGUGGAAGUAUAGAAUAUCAAGAAGGUAAAGCAACAGACAAAUUUCCGGAAGUGAUAAAUGUUCCGACUUCAGUUUGUAUUUUAUUAAUGACAUCCUAUAUUUUGUUAGGAACGUUGCUUUUUUCAAUUUGGGAAGGAUGGGACGCCAUAACCGGAACCUAUUUUUCUUUUAUAACUUUAAGUACUAUUGGAUUUGGAGAUGUUGUGCCAGGUACAGCUUUGAACCAAUGGGCAAACGAAGAAAAACUAGUUCUAUGUGCUAUGUAUUUAGUGUUUGGGCUCUCUUUAAUUGCAAUGUGUUUUAACCUAGUACAAGAGGAUGUAAAAAAUAAAUGUAGAUGGCUUGGAGCCAAACUAGGUAUAAUAGAUCAUUCAAAGUGACCGGAGAAAUAAGUGACUUAACACAUACCCUAUUCCGUAUAGAUAAGUCAUCUGGUGCCUGGUUUUCGAAAGUAUCUUAUGACUAUGACAUGUCUUAUGAUGGUCUUAGGACAUGUCAUAGUCGUACGAUAUGUUUUCGAAAGUGUCCCAAAUUACGAUUUGUCAUAACUGUUGUCGUAAACUUAAGACCCAUUGCUA